AUGCCUCGGGCCGCAACCUUGUCAGUUGUCAUGGUCACGGGCCGCCAACGCAUCCCCAACUCACCUUGCGCCCAAAAUGCAAGUUUGUCCAAUCACGCGGCGGAAACUGCGCUCUACGUUGAUGCUCUCCAAUCACUCAAAGCCAUGUCGGUGACCGAUUGUGUUUCGGUCCACUCCUUUCAGUCGCGGUGGCUGGGCCAAGGAGGCUGGGAGAUCCGAAUCCCUACACCACCCAACCACCGGAGCACUUAA